AUGACGAAACGGGGACGUGGGCGGCCAAAAACCAUGGUGCCACUAUCGUCAGUGACUCUUUCUAGGUCGGAGAUACAAGAGGAUGAGUCAAGAACAACUACUGUACCAUAUGAUGAUGCGGCGAACAACACGGAGGAUCUCAAGAUUGAUCAAUCGGAAACCCUAAUGGAAGACGUGAAAUCGAUGAUGGAGGAACGUAAACUCUAG